AUGACUGAUCUAGGAAAAAUGGUUUAUUUUAUAGGGAUGGAGAUUAUGUACUCUGAGAAAGGUAUAAUUUUUCAUCAGCUGAAAUAUGAACUUGAGCUUCUGAAGAGGUUUGAGCUGUUGACUUGUAAAAUUGUUAUCACACCUGUUGAUACAAAUCAGAAAUUGGAUUCUGAUUUUGAUGGUGAUGAUGUAGAUGCGACAACAUUCAAGCAGUUGGUAUGGUCUCUGAGGUAUUUACGUAAUACCAUACCUGAUAUUUGUUAUGCAGUUGGAAUCGUGAGUAGGUUUAUGAGUAAACCGAAAUGGUCUCAUUACCAAGAUGCUGUCAGAAUUCUGAGGCAUAUAAAGGGAACACUGGAGUAUGGAGCUUUGUUCCCUUCUGGUGCUGAAACUGGCUCAGAACUUAUGAGUUACUCAAAUUCUGAUUGGUGUUGUGACUGCAUGUCAAGUUGUGUGGCUUCUAAAUUUACUGCAAGAUCUGAAUAUCAAAGUAAACAAGCCUCUAAAGUUGAUGACUGA